GACAGAGAGGGAGAGAUUGUUCUUAUAACAGCUAGUAGGCACUCCUUUUUGCUUCAUUUCUUCCACACACAAGGCAAAUAAAGCAGCUCAUCACCUCAAUGGCCAAUAUGAAUGUGACACAGUUUCCUGUCCAUGCCGUGAAUCGGUUUCUAAUCAGCCACAACAAUACCAACUCUUGGCAGACGGAGGCAGUCAGGGGAGUCCAAAUUACAGUUACGCUGCUCAUCUUCCUGGUGGGCGUACCUCUGAAUGGACUGGUGGUUUGGACACUUGGACUGCGGCACAAUCGUCACCUGGCACGCAGAGGCAGUGUUGAGGAGACGCGUGCUGCCAGCAGUUUCCGUAUCUAUGUCCUGAACCUUGCCUUGGCUGACCUGGUGCUACUUCUGCGUAUCCCCCUCAUGUUGGGCUACAUCGCUCACAACAACAGCUGGCCAUUUGGCAGAGUCUUCUGCUGCGUUGUCAUGUUCCUGCGAGGUCUGGGCUUAUAUGCCUCCGCUUUCCUCCUCUGUGCCGUCGCCCUGGAGCGAUGCCUAUGUCUGCUGAGGCCUGUGUGGGCUCGACUGCGGCGCCCCUACUGGGCUGUUCCUCUGGCCUGUGGCAUCCUAUGGGUGGUAGCUACCAUCUUCUCUGCUCCCUACCUCCACAGUGCCGUCCUGAAGGACAUUAACGGGACACAUCAGUGCCUGGAGAGUGGGGAUUUUGACAUGGGGCUGUUUAUCACAGAAACAAUAGCAGGUUUCAUCUUGCCCCUGCUGGUGUUCUUGGGAAGUAACCUUGCCGUUUUGCUCACCGUUCAGCAAGCAAUGCCCUCAACACCGACCUCCUCCAGCCCUUCAAUGGCCCGCAAGAUGACCAGGAUGUACCACGUGCUCUUUUUCACCAUGCUCCUCUUCCUCACCUGCUGGGUGCCAUAUUUUGUUUGUCGGUUCCUGCUGGCCUUGGCCAUGGGGCGACCUCAUUGGGCAGCGCUGAGGCAUGGCGCAGUUAUUGGCAAAUACAUAUCUCUGUUCCUGGUGUACAUCAAGUGUGCUCUUAACCCAGUGCUGUAUGUGUUUGCUGCCCGAGGCUUAAGUCGUGCCAUCAAAGCUUCAGUUGUCUCCACUAUCGAAAGACUUUUCAAUGAUGACUCCACAGAGUCGUUACGAAGGAAGUCUCUUAAGAUCUCAAUUAAAAACUCACAGAUGUAGCCGAGACGUCAACAAUGCUUUAAAGUUAUUACAUUUGGAGUAGUUUUUAUAUUUGUGCAAUUUGCUCAUAACCUCCAAAAAUUAGUUGUGUAAAUAAAACAAAGACAGGGUUUAUGUUGAGUUACUUUUAAGCAGAGCACUUGCUUUAGGCCAAUGUUCUAAUGUUUAAUGUUUGUUGGGUCUAAAAGCCACAGCAAAUGGAGAAAUAGCAUUAAUCUUGACAGAUUUGACCAGGAGAAACAUUGAUAUUUCAUGUUAUGUAAAGGACAAUACAUUCUUUUAAUCUUAUUUGAACUUAAAGUGAUCUUAGUUUGAUUAACCACCUUUCAGGUCCUCAUGAAACAAACAUUUUCUGACAGGAGAUUCCCUCUGAUGGGGAUCCUUGGUAUGAAAAAGUUUGAUUUCAAUUUUUGGAUCAAUGAUGCCAGAAACUGUGAUUUCAGCAUUUCAGAGAAAGACAGCAUAACUCCGAUGAUUUGACAGAAAAAAAAGGAGGAAUACACAUCUCAUCAAACACUGAAUCAGGCCAGGAUGUAUGUACUGUCAGCACAAGAAGAUAUACAGUAUGUAUGCAAGUGUGAUCAGUAAAAGUACAUGACUGAAGACUCCAGAAAUGCUGCUUCUGUUGCGGCACGCUAAAGGCAGGGUCAUAAUUGGGCAUAAAAAUGAAUUCAUGAAUCAUCUCGUCUAUUAUUCAUGGACAGGGAACACCUUCAAGAUAAAUAACAAGCCCAGGUGAAUUAUUUCAAUGCCAGUUUCCAAGCCCCAGGCUAACCUUUAUCACAUGAUGGAUUCCUCCAAGAUAACGCACCGAUAAUCUUGCAUGUAUCGCUCUGUUGAUCUUUGAUGAUCGAAUGGUCUCAGCAGUAUCAACAGUGACUCAGAUCCAUCAAUCUGCAGAACUCAUGGCCAAGAUGUCCAGACUACAGCAGAACCUUGUAUACAUAUAUCUGGUACUAGUUGUACCUAUUAAACCACAACUCUUAAAGGACUGAAGCACAACAUGCUGAGCAGGAAGUGAAUAUGCUGCAGGAUCAUUAUCUCAUUGUGAAUGUAACAUAUCCAUGUCUGACUGAACUUCAUUUACACACAGACAGCUUUCUUAUGAUUGUUGUUUAAAAAAGUUCAGUUAUAUUCUGUCAUUGUUGAUAAAAGGGUACAACUGUACUUACGUAAUAGUCGAACUUUACAUUU